AUGGAAAAGAAACUUCAUGCAAAAGAUGAAGUCAUUGAAGCAAAAGACAAAAGCAUUCAGAAAAGAAUACCACGUUCGGUACCAAAAGGAAAGGAAAAGAACUAUAAGUAUAUGAUUUAUACUGAAGAGUUGGAAAAUGAAGAAGAUAAAGAUAUGGUUAUGUUGCAUUUAGUCAGAAGAAACAACAAAAGCUUUUACGACCUUGCUAAGAUUUACAAAUCUGACAGAAAUUGGUUCUAUCGCGAAAACUUACCGAUUUCAAUGACCCCAAAUGAAGAUGUGAAACAAAUAGUUCAAGAUACGUUACCUCAAACACACUAUGAUAUGAAAGGUUGUACAAUACUUACCUUCAAAGAAGACUUACCGCUACUGAAAGAAAAAAUAACAGAGUAUUUUGACAACUUCAAACAAGUAGGGUAG